ACAGACAUAAUGUCACGAGUAAAAAUAAGUAAGGACAACGUGUGGGAUCAUUUUGAAAAAAUUUUGGAACAGAAUUUUCGAGCAUGGUGUAAGAUUUGCGAAUUAAGUUUUUUGUUCGUUGAUCUUCAAUGCGUUGUAAAACAUUUUGGUGAUAAGCAUAACGAAGAUUUCAUAUCCCUAGCAACCAAAAAACGAAGAGAAAUGCCGAAAAUGUAUUUUGACAAAUAUGUAAAUUGUCUUGUUUGUGGUACAAAACUUUUGUUUCAAAAUUAUCACAAUCACUUAUGCCAACAUUCUACAAUGGUAUUGGCAUAUUAUGAAAUGACCAGAAAUAAACGAGAAUAUUACAUACAAACUGGUGAUUUUACGAUAAAAUGUAAAAUAGUGAAUUGUGGCAAAAUUAUAACUCUUCCUCUUUCAAAAACAAUAAAAAAUUAUUUAUUAGGUGACACACAUUUGAAGAAAUUGAGAAAUAUGCAAACGGACGCAAUGUCUAUGCCACUCACUAUCAAAGAGAAAAGAGAACUAUUACGAGAAAAGUACGUAAUAUUGAGGUGUUUUCAAGCAAAAUGCAAGUCUUGCAAAUUUCAAGAUUAUUAUAUCGACACUACAAACUUUAGUCAACAUGUAAAUGAGAGACAUGCUGAUGUUGCUUUAUACGAAAGAAAAUGCGGCGAAGGAUGGCCAUGGAUGUGCUUUAAGUAUUAUGCUCUAUCUACAUCAAUAUGUAUUAUUUGUAAAACAGUUUUACCGUAUUAUUCUGAACUUUUAAUAAAUCACUUGCAUUAUCAGCAUUUUAUGAACACACGUGAUUAUUACCAUCACGACUUGAGUUGGGUGUGGAAAUAUUGUAAUGCGAGUGGUGAUUUUGAGGUGCGAUGUAAUCUUUGUACCGCCAAAAUAUCACUUGACGUUAAGUCGCAUUUUAAUCAUCAUACACACCACUUUAAAGACACACGUUGGCAGAAGCUAACAAGCACAGCCGGACCGUCAGGAAGCCAACCAAACUGAAGAAAAAAGGUGACAGUUUAUCAAAAGGUGAAUGAUGCUAACGGCAUUCAAGAAGUUCGACAACCAGUUCUAAUCAGCAGUUUUGGCUUUGGCAAUUGAAACAAUCUAUAAUAUAAAAAGAAAAUAAUAUAUUAGA